UCUGAAGAUAAGUUUUGGUCUGAUUCCUUUUUUUUUUGGGUGUCUCCACCAAAUUUGGAAAAAGAAUACAAGAAGAGAAGAAUGUUUUGUUUAUUUGAUCGAGUAAAAGAAGAUAAGCUGAACUGAUCAGAGCAUUAUCAUCAAGUUGGGAUCUGAUGACAACCAUAAUAAAGUCACGUGUAUGUUUUCUGUUUUCUUGUCACCAUGCCGCAGAUUUUAUUUUCUUCUUCUCUUCCAGAUCUUGAUCCAUUAAAGAUUCGCUUUGGCUUUUGAAGCUUCUACGACUACACAAGAUGGAGAGGGAAUUCUCAGGUCUAUCCAGCCGAGGUGGUUCCGAAUUGGGGAGUCGAUACACGAUAGAAUCAGGAUGUUACAUGACAUCUUUAGCAGCUUCAAUCUUCAUAGCUUCUCUUGUAACAUUUGGAGUUUUGAUGAUAACACUUGUUAUAGCUUUAGCAACAAUGUUACAGAGCUGUGGUAACCGAGAUAUUAGAACGGUGGUCGAGGCUCAAAGACUUGAAGAGAGUUUCAGUUACUGCAAAAUCUUGUCUUUACACUCUCACCUCAAUAGCUUGCAACAAGAAGACAAUAUCGAAUUACCAUUGUUAUGCAAAGAUGUUGCUUUACGCAGAAUCAAACAAGGAAUCUACUUGAGAGAGUUGAACUUCACUAUCCAUAUGGCUCUCACUUCUUUCCAAACCAUCAAACCUAUGAACGAUAGCCGUGAUGUUGUUGUCUUCGAUAUCGAUGAUACCAAUCUAUUAGAACAAGAUGGUUAUUAUAUGAAGUAUAUCGAAGAAGCAAAGCAUCAAAGAAGCAAACUAAUACUGGAACUAUAUUCUAAGCUAAUAUCACAAGGCUAUACAAUGGUUCUAUUAUCAAGAAGACCCGAAAGAGAGCGGAACAUCACAAUCGAACAGUUAAAAUCUAGAGGAUACAGUGAUUGGUCACGUUUGAUCAUGAGGGAAGAUACAAGACAAAAGGAAGAGUUGGAAAGAGGUCAGCGUGUAAUUGGAGUAAUUGGUAAUCAUAUGGAUGUGCUAAGAGGCCAAUGGAAUUGGCAAAGCAAGCGUCUGUUCAAACUUCCAAGCCUUACCUAUGAUGAUGUUCUGGCUUACAGUGAAACAUGAGACCAUGGAGUUUGAUGUGUAUAGAUUUUCAAGAGUGUUAUGUAAUUUUUUUGUUAUACGGUUUCAAAGAUAAUGUAGAGACGUAUUGUAAUACUUGGUAUUUUCUUCUACAAUCUCUUGAAUUUGGUCCU